AAGGAAUUCAUUAAUCAAUCAUUGACUUGGGAUUCUUACUUGUCACCAAUUCAUAAUCCAUACAACCUUUGAUAUAGAAUAUUCUCAUCAAAAUGGCCGUAGACAAAGAACAACAAAUCUUUGAAGCUGAAGUAGCAGCUUUGAAACAAGUUUGGCAGUCGCCACGUUACAAGGGAUUGGUACGUCCUUACACUGCUGAGCAAGUAGUCAGUAAGCGGGGUACACUUCCCAUGAACUAUACGUCCAAUCAAAUUGGAAAGAAGCUAUGGAAUAUAUUGAGUAACCAUUUCAAAAACGGUACUCCGAGUCACACUUAUGGAGCAUUGGAUCCCGUCCAAGUGACUCAAAUGGCCAAGUAUUUGGAGACAGUUUAUGUCUCUGGGUGGCAGUCAUCAUCAACGGCUAGCUCUACCAACGAGCCUGGUCCUGAUCUCGCUGACUAUCCUUCCAAUACGGUGCCAAAUAAGGUCGAACACCUCUUCAUGGCUCAGCUCUUUCAUGACCGUCGUCAAAGAGAAGCUCGUCUAAGAAUGACGCCAGAGCAAAGAAACAAAACACCUCCAACCGACUAUCUCCGUCCCAUCAUUGCUGACGCCGAUACCGGUCAUGGUGGUCUGACUGCGGUGAUGAAAUUAGCAAAGAUGUUUGUCGAAAAGGGCGCUUCUGGCAUCCACAUUGAAGAUCAAGCACCAGGGACGAAAAAAUGUGGGCAUAUGGCUGGCAAAGUAUUAGUCCCGAUUUCAGAGCACAUCAAUCGAUUGGUUGCCAUCAGACUCCAGUUUGAUAUCAUGGGCGUCGAAAACAUCGUUGUUUGUCGUACCGAUGCCGAGGCCGCCACUUUGCUUAGCACCAAUGUCGAUGAACGGGAUCACGCUUACAUUUUGGGUACCACCAACCCCAACAUUGGCCAUCUCGUCGAUAUCAUGAAUACUGCCCAACGCCAAGGAAAAUCGGGUGACGCUUUGCAAAACAUUGAAGAUGAUUGGACAUUGAAGGCCAAUCUGGUCUUGUACUCUGAUGCGAUAUCUAGCGCUAUGAAGAAGAAAGGUAGCUCUCCUAGUCAAAUCGCUGAUUGGGUCAAACGGUCCAUGGGGCUUAGUCACGAAGCGGCCAAAUCAUUAGCAAAGAAAGAAUACGGAGUUGAGAUCUUUUGGGAUUGGGACAUGCCGCGUACUCGAGAAGGAUUUUAUCGAUAUCAAGGUGGUACCGGAUGCGCGAUCAAUCGAGCCGUUGCUUACGCACCUUAUUCCGAUUUACUCUGGAUGGAAACUAAGAGCCCCAUCCUGGAACAAGCCAAAGAAUUUGCUAAAGGUGUUCGAUCCGUUUGGCCUGACCAAUGGCUAGCCUACAACCUUAGCCCUUCCUUCAACUGGGAUGCUGCGGGUCUGUCUACCCAACAAAUGAAAGAUUACGUCUGGGAGCUUGGAAAAUUGGGCUUCUGUUGGCAAUUCAUCACGCUCGGUGGACUUCACUCCAACGCUUACAUUUCCGAUCUGUUUGCCAAAUCCUUUGCCAAGGAAGGCAUGAAAGCUUAUGUGGAGGAAAUACAACGUAAGGAACGUGAUAUCGGAUGCGACGUGCUCACGCAUCAAAAGUGGUCAGGCGCCGACUUUGCCGACAACUUGUUGAAGACUUGCACUGGCGGGGUCAGUUCGACCGCUGCCAUGGGAAAAGGUGUCACCGAAUCGCAAUUCGGUGACCAUUAAGCAUGCAACCUCAUUGGAUUCAUGACGGCUCAAACUUUCACCGGAAAUUUCUCUAGGUCUCUUAUCCUUCAGAAUUUUGUGUUUCCAUUCCGAUUGAUUUAGCAAGCAAGUUUUGUAUCAUUUUGUACUUCAUAGAUCCUGAAACAAUUAACGUGUAAUAUGAGUUCUUUCACUUCGACCUUUCUUUUGCUGCUUUUUGUAACUCGUACAUUGGGGCCAUAAAUUGCAGUUGUAUUUGUUUUCAUCGGGUUACUAUUAUCAAGUUCCAAACUCCUUGGUCAAUGCCGACUUUAUACAAUCUGUGAGGAGUAUAGGAAACAAUCGAGGCACCUAUCCCUGUAAUCCUCUCAUGCAGCCAGUAACGCUCACGUGUAAAUCC